UCCUACUCUUCCUGAAACCUAUUCCGACAUACUCCCCCUCUCCCGGUUCCCCCCAAACUUCCCAUCUCUGCCCAAAACCCUUCCUUUUGUCACCACUACUGGUUUUGCUGAAAACCAGCGCCUUCGUGAACGAAUCUUCGCCAUUCAGUCGCCAUUAGAGCUAGCUGGGAAGGAAACGACGGGAUCGCGGCUUAUAGAGACCCCCGAAACUGCCAUCUUUCUCAUCCGUCUCCGCUCCUCCCAGGAAUAAUUGAGAAAGGAAAGGCUGCUCGCGCCAUUCUUCCUCUUGGCUCGUCCCGGAUUUACUAAAUCCACCGAUUCACAGGAUUUAGUAAAUCCCGGAUUUUAUCGCGAAUCGGCGUCAUUUUGGGAUUUACGGGAGCUCCGGAUUUACGGAGGCUUUUUUGGCCUUUUGGCAGGUUUUGGCUUAAAUCCUGCAUAUAUCCUGCUUAAAACCGUCUACCAAACAGCUUGAUGGAGCUUUUAGAGCAAUGGAAGGCCAUACUUAAAAUUCAGAAAUUUCGAAGGGUGGUGUCCUACACUGGCUUCUACUGCUUUGUUACCCUCAUCAGCUAUGCAUUCACUAGCAACACAACUAGAGCUGGUUUCUCAAAUGCCGACCAGUUUUAUGCUUCUUACCCAGCUAGCAUUGAGCUUCUUACAGACACAGCAAAGCUUUAUAAAGCAGCCCUUGCUAAUUGUUUUGAGGUGGAAGAAUGGGGACCUAUCGAGUUCUCUAUAAUGGCAAAGCAUUUUGAACGCCAAGGAAAACCUCCAUAUGCAUACCAUUCUCAAUAUAUGGCGCAUCUUCUUUCUCAUGGCCAACUUAAUGAUGGUAGCAGCCCGCAAUGAGAGAUGCGCACUCCACACUUCUGCUGUAUAAUUUAUCGAAUAUAUCUCAAGUUUUUGAUUCUGUAAAGUUUUAAGGCUUUUAUUAUUGACUGAAAACUUCAUUACAGACAGAUUUUGCUCAGAGAUAAAUUAACAGUGAAAAUGGCUGCUGAGAGAGAAAUUAUCAGUGAAAAUGGUCGUCUAUGAUGGGAGGAUGUAACAUGCUAUUAUUUGUCUUCUGAAGUUAUUCUAUGCUAUUAUCUUGUGAAUUUGCAUAAAAGCAGGAGGAUUUGCUUGUAUUGCUUCACCAUUAAUAAUAUGUGGAUGCAACAGUGUAUUGUACUUGUUUUUUCUUGCACAUUAUCCACUUAUUUUU